AUGUUCGGCCCCAGAGUCACUGAAGUGGGACACAGCUGCAGAGAAUCCUUGGAUUCAGUUUGUAUGAGUGCAAACCGCACAGAGCCUCAGAGCAGCAGCAGCUCACACUUCAACUUAAUCAGCGAGGGCAGUAACAGACAGAGCAGCCGUCCCUCUGCAGACAUGAAGGUCCUCUGGCUCCUCCCCCUGCUCUUCCUCGCUUCCUGUGAUUGCAUCAGAGGUCGUGAGUGGGCACAUCAUGGCGCCCCCAUGUUUGCCGAUCUGUCUGUGCGUGAACUUAAAGCUGUGCGCUCUUAUCUCCACAACCUCCCUGAGCUGGGCCUGACCAAUGCCCAGAACCCCAGCCUGAAGAAGAACAGUAUUCUCCUCAUGGAACUGCAUCUUCCCCGGAAGCAUGAGGCACUCCGAGCUCUCGACCGUGGGCAGGUCAGACCGUCCCGUCAGGCUCGGGUCGUGGUCCAGUUUGGGAAUCAGACCAAACCAAAUAUUACAGAAUACAUUGUCAGUCCUCUUCCUUCGCCAAACUCCCACCAAGUGAAAACCUUUAAAGGGAACAAACCAAUCCGCUUCGAGUCCAGACCCAUCACAAAGGUUGAAUAUUCGCACAUUGACAAAAUCCUAAGAAAGAUUUCCACAAAGAUUGAGACGCUCCUGAAGGAUCUGACCGGAGGGUUCUCUUACAACAACUGCACCGACCGCUGCUUGACUUUCUCUGACAUCGCUCCUCGAGGUUUGGAGCCUGGAGAGAGAAGAUCCUGGAUAAUGUUGCAGAAGUUUGUGGAAGGCUACUUCAUCCACCCAAUCGGCUUCGAGAUCCUGAUCAAUCACCAAAACCUCGAUCCAGAAAAGUGGACGGUGGAAAAGGUCUGGUUCAACAGCGUGUACUUCGACAGUGUUGAAGAACUCGUGGAAAAAUACGAAGCAGGAAAACUUGAGGAUUUCCCAAACCUUCCAGAUCAGGACGACAUUUAUUCAACAUACAUUCCUCGAGGAAACAGCAACACGCCGACAGACAUCCACGGACCCAAACUGGUGGAACCUCAAGGCCGUCGCUACCACGUGGACAGGAACUUUGUGGAGUACGCUGGCUGGUCAUUCUCUUACCGUGUGCGGUCCUCAGCCGGUCUCCAAGUUUUUGAUCUACGCUUCAACGGAGAGAGAAUCGCGUACGAAAUCAGCCUCCAAGAAGCCAUCGCCUUCUACGCAGGGGACACUCCGGCAGCGAUGCAGACCAAGUACAUCGAUGCAGGAUGGGCGAUGGGAGCCUCGUCCUUCGAGCUGGCGCCUGGGGUCGACUGUCCGGAAAUCGCCACCUUCGUAGACCUCUACCACUUCUUCGACACGGAUAAACCAGUGCGCCACAAGAACGCGCUCUGUAUCUUCGAGAUGAACACGGGGAUGCCGCUCCGAAGGCAUUUCAACUCAAACUUCACUGGCGGUUACAACUUUUACGGAGGUCUCGAGAAUAAUGUGCUCGUCCUGAGAACCACUUCCACCGUCUACAACUACGACUACAUCUGGGACUUCCACUUCUACCAGAACGGAGUCGUGGAGGUCAAAGUCAGCGCAACAGGAUACAUCCACGCCACGUUUUUCACCCCCAACGGACUGAAUUACGGCAGCAAAGUUUUCCACUACGUCCUGGGGAAUCUGCACACACACCUCAUUCACUUUAAAGUAGACUUGGACAUUGCAGGUCGGGAAAACAACUUUGAGACAAUUGACCUAAAAUACGUCAACUUCACAAACCCUUGGAGCCAAAAGCACUUUGUCGUUCAGUCCAAACUGCACCGGGUCGAGCACAAGACGGAGAGAUCUGCCGCCUUUCGCUUCGGCAAAAAGUUUCCGCGAUACACACACUUUUACAACCCGAGCGAGCUGAACAAGUGGGGCCACCACAAAGGCUACCGCAUCCAGCUCAACUCACACGGCCACUCUGUGCUGCCCCGAGGAUGGAGGGAGGAGGUCGGCAUCAGCUGGGCCAGGUAUCCUCUGGCAGUGACUCGACACAAGGACAGUGAGAGCAGCAGCAGCAGCAUCUACACUCAGAACGACCCCUGGGAGCCCACCGUGUCCUUCGAGGACUACAUCCGCAACAACGAGGACAUCGUCAAACAGGACCUGGUUGCCUGGGUGACGGUGGGCUUCCUCCAUGUGCCGCACUCAGAGGACAUCCCGAACACAGCGACUCCGGGGAACGCUGUGGGCUUCUUCCUUCGGCCGUUCAACUUCUUUGACGAGGACCCAUCGCUGUCGUCGCGCAGCACGGUGAUAGUGCGUCCUGGAGCCAACCGGGCCCCUGUGGUGCAGAGGUGGACCCCUGACACCGUGGGCCGCUGUGUCACUGAGGGGCCAUUCUCCUACGAUGGGACGUAUGAAGAAGUGUGA